CUAUUUUCUCCUAUCCCAUCUAAACCAAAAAGCCAGAGCCUUUCGAACGCAAGCAGAGAGGCACAGCGUGGAAGAAAAAUGGCGUUCUAUCUGUGUUCUUCCUCUUCUCCCUCCUCUCUCGUCCAUGACCGCCAAUCUCUCUUCUGCUACUCCCUUUCUUCAACCAGAAAACUCGGAGUAAGAAACUCUGACCACCUUUGCAAACUCAAUUUUCUCUCAUCUCAAUUCCGAACCUCACUCCAAAUAACCAAUGUUUCUUUACAAGACCCCGUUGUGCAAGAGACUCAGAACCCUGAAGUUGCAGAUUCUCAAACCCCAGAUGUAAAACGUGGCUUUUCAUCAAAAAGCUACAUCUGGGUCAAUCCCAGUAGCCCCAGAGCUUCACAGCUUCGACGGAAAUCUUACGAUGCCAGGUAUACCAAACUAGUGAGGUUAGCUGAAGCUUUGAAUUCUUGUAAUUCCACUGAAGAUGAUGUUGCGAAUGUUUUGAAGGAUUUAGGUGAUAGAAUAGUAGAACAAGAUGCUGUGGUUGUUCUCAAUAAUAUGGUUAAUCCUGAAAAUGCAUUGCUUGCUCUCAAGUUCUUUCAAAGUAAAUUGAAACCUAAGAGGGAAGUAAUUCUUUACAACGUAACUUUGAAGGUGUUUAGGAAAUGUAAGGACUUGGAUAGAGCAGAGAAGCUGUUUGAUGAAAUGCUUGAGAGAGGUGUUAAACCUGAUAAUGUUACCUUUUCAACUAUGAUUAGCUGUGCUAGGAUGUCGUCUUUCCCUGAUAAGGCUGUUGAGUGGUUUGAGAAAAUGCCCACUUUUGGAUGUGAUCCAGAUGAUGUUACCUACUCGGCAAUGAUUGAUGCUUAUGGUCGUGCUGGUAAUGUUGAUAUGGCUUUCAGCUUGUAUGAUCGUGCUAGAACGGAGAAAUGGCGCAUUGAUCCGGUGACAUUCUCUACUUUGAUUAAAAUUCAUGGGCAAUCAGGGAAUUUCGAUGGGUGUUUGAAUGUCUAUGAGGAGAUGAAGGCUAUAGGGGCCAAGACAAAUUUGGUUAUUUAUAACACCUUAUUGGAUGCUAUGGGAAGAGCUAAGAGGCCUUGGCAGGCCAAGAAGAUUUACCAAGAGAUGACUCAGAAUGGAUUUUCCCCAAAUUGGAUAACCUAUGCAGCUCUCCUGCGGGCCUAUAGUAGAGCUCGAUAUGGUGAUGAUGCUCUUAAUGUCUAUAGAGAGAUGAAGGAGAAAGGAUUGGAGUUGAAUGUGAUUCUCUACAAUACAAUUUUAGCAAUGUGUGCUGAUAUUGGCUACGCUGAUGAAGCUGUGGAGAUUUAUGAAGACUUGAAGAGUUCCAGUACUCAGCCUGACAGUUGGACAUUUUCAUCGGUGAUUACCAUAUAUUCAUGUAGUGGGAAAGUCUCUGAGGCAGAGGCAACAUUGAAUGAGAUGUUGGAAGCGGGUUUCGAGCCUAAUAUAUUUAUUUUGACCUCACUAAUCCAAUGCUAUGGAAAAGUGAAACGUAUUGAUGAAGUUGUGAGGACAUUCAAUCAACUCUUAGAUCUGGGCAUAACUCCGGAUGACCGUUUUUGUGGUUGUCUACUGAAUGUGAUGACCCAAACCCCUAAGGAAGAACUUGGAAAGCUUACCAAUUGCAUUGAACGGGCUUAUCCAAAGCUUGGGAAUGUGGUAAAACUUUUGCUGGAGGAGGAUGAUGGAAAUGAAAAUUUUAAAAAAGAAGCUUUUGAGCUUUUUGAUUCAAUUGGUGCUGAUGUAAAGAAAGCCUACUGCAAUUGCAUGAUUGAUCUCUGUGUGAACCUCAAUAUGCUACAAAAAGCCUGUGAGCUAUUGGACCUGGGGCUUACACAAGAGAUAUACACUGACAUACAAUCCAGGUCUCCGACCCAAUGGUCUCUUCAUCUAAAGGGUCUCUCUCUUGGAGCAGCUCUUACUGCAUUGCAUGUUUGGAUAAAUGACUUGUCUAACACAUUGGAAUCUGGGGAGGAGUUGCCACCAUUGCUCGGAAUCAAUACUGGACACGGGAAGCACAAGUAUUCUGACAAAGGUUUAGCUAGUGUUUUCGAGUCACAUUUGAAGGAAUUAAAUGCUCCAUUUCAUGAGGCUCCAGAUAAGGUUGGCUGGUUUUUGACUACAAAAGUUGCAGCCAAGUCAUGGUUGGACUCCAGAAAUUCUUCUGAAUUAAUUGCGGCAUAGGUCAAAACUUAUCAAAGUCGCAAUAUAAAUUGAUGAAGAAUCCUUAUUCCCUUCCAUCCACAUACACAAUGGGGAACUGCAUAAAAGUUUCAUUCCGGCCACCCCAAGAGAAGAUCAAAGCUGUUGUCUUUAAUGGAGAA